CAUGAUGGAUGGUCCACGGAGAAUGACUGCAAAAUCUAAUCUUUCUCCCUCACUCAUACGCACGCAUAAUCCAAAAUCGCAACAUUCUUCGAAGCUUCCUCGCGUUUUGCCGCUAUUUGCUGUUUUUGAUUGCCAAAUCAUUAUCGAUUUGCUUAUUUCCAUCACACUUCCGUUUCGAAACGCUCAAUUGCGAUGGGGCAGCACCAGUCUAAGGACGAGUUGCUCUAUCGGAAAUCCGUUGAAGGAAACGUUCAGGCCGUCAAAGCUCUUCGGACAGAAGGCGCCGGCCUUGAGUGGGUCGAUAGAGAUGGAAAGACCCCCUUAAUUACAGUCUCUUUGUACCCACAAGGAUUUAUCAUGGCAGAAACUUUGAUCAAUCUUGGCGCAAAUGUGGACGCCUACAGAUCAGGGCGUCAUGCUGGAACGCCUUUACAUCAUGCUGCAAAACGUGGUUUGGAACAAACAGUUAGAUUGCUUCUUUCUCGUGGAGCCAACCCAUUACUGAGGAAUGAUGAGGGUCAAACCCCAAUUGAUAUUGCAAGAUUAAGAGGAUUUAGCAAUGUGGUUCAUGCUAUUGAGAACCAAAUAUGCUUCUUCUCUGGCUGGCUGAGGGAGUUCAAUGGUCCAGGCUUUCUAAAAGUGUUGGCUCCUCAAUUGAUGUCAAGAAAGAUCUGGGGAGUUGUUGUGCCUUUUGGUUCUCAUAAUGCUGCGAAACCGGUCAAAUUGGAGUUUGUUAUCUAUACAAGCUUGCAGGAUGCUCAGCCACAUAUGGUGAUUGAUUUACGAAAGGCCAGCAUAGAGGAACCAAAAUUCAACAAAGAAGAGGUCAUGCUUAUAAUCCAUGACAUCACCACAAAUGCUCGAUACAAGUUUGCAUCACCCAUUGUUGGCGACGGAAGACAAAUUCAAUUCUUAUACAAUGCUUGUAGAGGAAUUCCCCAGAAAUCAAUCGUCCCAACAAUGCAUGACAUUAUUCCCGCCUCUGCAAAUCAAGCUGAAGAAUUGUCAAUUGGGUUAAAUUCUUCAAUCCAGUCCCUUGUGGAUGAUAAAGAAUCCAUUUCCUUUGGUUCAACCGUCAAUGGCUGGAUGAAUGAGCCAGCUAAAGAAGAGUACAACAGUUGGGGUAUGCCUGAAGGCACCAGGCCAUGCAUCCGCAAAGUUAUUAAAGAAACAAACAACACUGAACAAGGAGAAUGGAUUGGAAAGCCUGAUGAAAAUGGGAGUCACGGUUUGAAUAAUGGGUGGGUCAUGCCAGCCGAAGACAAUAAGACUACAGAUGGAGAUACAGGUUUGAAUUUGCAUGAAUUAGCCCAAAAGGGGCCUAGACCUUCAGCACCAGCUUCCUCAAGUUGUUCAAUAUGUUGGGAAGCAGCAGUUGAGGGGGCUUGUGUCCCUUGUGGGCAUAUGGCUGGUUGUAUGGGAUGUCUAAAUGAGAUCAAAACUAAGAAAGGAGAAUGCCCGGUUUGUCGAUGUCGAAUAGAUCAGGUUAUCAAAAUUUACACUGUUUAAGGAGCACUAAACAAACAUGCAAAAGAAAAAACACAUGAUUGAGAGCAUAACAGAGUAUAGAUUUAUAUACAACUUUAUAAUUUUUGUAACUAAUUAUGAGAUCUUGUCAUGAAUAAACCUCUCUGAUUCAAAACUUAACACUUUUUUUUGGAGGUGUUGGUUAUGAUUCAUCGUCUAUUAUAGAUCUUGUGAAUUACAAUUGAUUAUCCCAAUUGAUGGGAAAAGUUUGUCGUACUUAUUAUUGAAUAAUCCCAAUAAGGGUGUCUCC